CAAACAGCAGUGUGUUAUGUCCAGAAUCUGAAGAGAAGAUAGAGAGAGUGGGAGUGGAAGGAAAGAUGUCUGCAACAACAACACCAUCUCUAUCUCUUUCAAAUUUCAGACCAAGAUUCCAACAUCCAGUUAAACCCCACCAUAUAUCUCCACUCUCUUGGUCUGUUUCAAGAAGAAAGAUCUUGUCUUCAAGGGUUCUUCGUGUUCACAAGGAAAAAACUCAACUAUGGAGAGUCUCUGCAACUCCGGAAGAAAUUUCUCAAGAGAUCGUUUCUUCUGAUUCUUCAUCUGAAGCAAUUGUGUCAAGUGGUGGUCAAGAUGGUGUUGCUCUGAUUAUACAAGUGCUUCUCUUUGUUGCAUUUCUUGCUCUCACUGUUCUCACCAUUGGUGUUGUGUACAUUGGAGUGACUGAGUUCCUUGGGAAGAGGGAGAGAGAGAAGUUUGAGAAAGAUGAAGCAGCGAAGAAGUCUAAGAAAGGUGGGAAGAAGAAGGCAAUGAGAGCCAAAGCUGGACCAAGAGGUUUUGGUCAGAAGAUUGAAGAUGAUGAUAUUGACAUUGAUCUUGAAUGAUUUUGUUCCAUUGUUAGUAGAGAGACAAAUAUUUGAUUUUUUGUUUGUAAGGUUGCUCAGUGAUUGUCAUCACAUCUAUGAUAUAUAAACAACAAGAUUGCAAAAUUA